AUCCAAUAUGAAUUUAGAAGUCGCAUCCGCUGCUAAGCGGGCGGAUCCAUUCUUCUAAAGUUUCAGUCUUGCAUCUUCCACAAUCGUUUCAACAGCGGACUAGCAGUGACGGCACCGCCGCACUGGCACCAGAGCACCACCACGCACUUCAGCGGUUCAGCCGAUCGGACUCCCUCCUCUCCCGCUUUCUCUCUCUGCGAAUCUGCACAACAAAUCAGAGGCUUAGAGCUCCCGCCGGAACAUGAGAACUCGGAGGCCCAUCACUUUUCGCCCAUUCAAUCACACAACUUUCUCGCCCACAAACCAAGCUCACUUGUCUUGCCUUCCUUUUUCAACUUCUCCCUCAGAGCGCCUGCAACAGACCCAGAAUCCACUUCCGGGUCUUCCUACAAAUUCUCCACCAAUCACGGAACAAUUCCUUGAGAAAUCAAUAUUGUCUUCGCAGUGGCAUUUAAUCGAACACGUUUCACCUAAUCUCAGCCCUUCCUUAAUCUCCGCCGUUCUGUUCAAUCUACGGUCCACGCCAGAACCCAUUGUAAGUUUCAUCGAUCAAUGCGACUUUCACGAACUUGAUAUCAAGUGCUUUUGCCUUGCAAUAGUUAUAAUCUCUCGCCUUCCAUCUCCUAAACCUGCCGUGGAAGUCCUUAAGCGGGUCAUCAAUAGUCGUACUGCGACGAACCGUGAGGUUUUUGAUGAGCUGGCACGUGCCCGUGGUUGCUUGAAUGUAUCGAGUUCUAUUGUUUUUGAUUUGCUGAUAAAAGGGUAUUGUGAAUUGAAGAGAGCUGAUGAGGCUUUCGAGUGUUUCUAUAUGAUGAAGGAUAGGGGUAUUGUUCCAAAAAUUGAAACUUGUAAUUAUAUGUUGAGUUUAUUUCUUAAGCUGAAUCAGGCUGAGACAGCGUGGGUUUUAUUCGCAGAGAUGUUUAGAUGGAGGAUCAAUUCUAGUUCUUAUACUUUUAAUAUAAUGAUUAAUGUGCUGUGCAAGGAAGGGAAACUGAAAAAAGCAAAGAAUUUCAUUGGCUUUAUGGAGCGAUUGGGAUUUAAGCCUAAUGUUGUUACUUACAAUACAAUAAUUCACGGGUAUUGCUUGAAAGGGAAAAUUGAAGGGGCUCGUGAGAUUUUUAAUGCAAUGAGACGGAAAGGCCUAGAGCCUGAUUUGUACACGUAUGGUUCACUCAUCACUGGAAUGUGCAAGGGGGGAAGACUUGAGGAAGCAACUGAACUAUUUGGUAAAAUGGAGGAGAAUGGGUUGGUUCCUACAGCUCUAACAUACAAUGCUUUGAUUGAUGGAUAUUGUAACAAAGGCAGUUUAGAUAUGGCUUUUAGCUACAGGGAUGAAAUGAUUAAGAAGGGCAUAAUGCCCACUGUUUCCACUUAUAAUUUGCUGAUUCAUGCACUUUUUAUGGAAGGUAGGAUGGCUGAAGCUGAUGAUAUGAUAGAAGAUAUGCGAGAAAAGGCCAUACUACCUGAUGUCAUCACGUUUAACAUUCUGAUCAAUGGGUAUUGCAGGUGUGGGAAUGCAAAGAAAGCCUUCAUGCUUCAUGAUGAAAUGUUAUAUAGAGGGAUUCAGCCCACGCGGGUAACUUAUACAUCCCUUAUUUAUGUUUUGAGCAAAAAGAGUCGAAUGAAAGAGGCGGACAAUUUAUUUGAGAGGAUGCUCAGUGAAGGUGUGACCCCAGAUACUGUAAUGUUUAAUGCAUUGAUUGAUGGUCACUGUGCUUCUGGGAAUAUGGACCAUGCAUUUUUGCUUUUAAAUGAAAUGGAUAGGAAGGGUGUUUCUCCAGAUGAAAUCACGUACAACACCCUAAUGCAAGGGUAUUGUAGGAAGGGGAAAGUUGAAGAAGCUCGUGAACUUCUUGACAAGAUGAAGAAAAAGGGAAUUAAACCUGAUCACAUCAGUUACAACACCCUCAUUAGUGGGUAUAGUAGGAGAGGUGAAAUAAAGGAUGCUUUUAGAGUUCGAGAUGAGAUGUUGAGCAUAGGUUUUAAUCCCACCCGUCUUACAUACAAUGCCCUUAUACAAGGGUUAUGCAAAAACCAGGAAGGAGGUCAUGCAGAAGAACUUCUUAAAGAAAUGGUAAUUCAGGGCAUUACCCCUGAUGACAGCACAUAUAUCUCGUUGAUUGAAGGAAUAGAGAAAGUAGAUAAGUUCAUGGAGCAAUGAUCAAUAAUCAACUUGUUGGCAGCAAUAUUUCAACCUUGAACACUAGAAGUAAUUUUCAAGGAGGAGAGCUCAUAGAGAUUUUUGACUUUUUUUUAUAUACUUUAGACGCAAUCUAUUUUAUAUAGAUUGAACUUAGAAAUGUACAUUUUGAGUAAUAUUGUGAUAAUUGAUUUGCAAAUUAGUUGCUGUGGGAUUCAUUAUGAAUUUUUUAGGGAUAUGAAUAUGCUUGAUUGUAAUAUUGUACGACUUUGUUUUCUUUACCUUGUAAAGUUGAUUGUUUUCAUUUUGGAAAAAGUUCUUGCUCAGUUGGUCAUUUUCAUUUCA